AGCAGCGGACUUGGGCUGAGGUUCCCGGGCGGGCGGGCGCGGGGAGACGCGGGAAGCAGGGGCUUGGCGGGGGUCGCGGCGCCGCAGCCAGAGCAGCAACCCGAGGGGCCGCUGCCCAGCGCGCUCCGGGGCCGCCGGCCGCCGCCAGCACCCGCCGCGCCGCAGCUCCGGGACCGGCCCCGGCCGCCGCCGCCGCCGCGAUGGGCAACGCCGCCGCCGCCAAGAAGGGCAGCGAGCAGGAGAGUGUGAAAGAGUUCUUAGCCAAAGCCAAAGAAGAUUUUCUUAAAAAAUGGGAAAAUCCUGAUCAGAAUACAGCCAAUUUGGAUAACUUCGAUCGAAUCAAGACCCUCGGCACAGGCUCCUUCGGGCGAGUGAUGCUGGUGAAACACAAGGAGACUGGGAACCACUUCGCCAUGAAGAUCCUGGACAAACAAAAGGUGGUGAAGCUGAAACAGAUCGAGCACACCCUGAACGAGAAGCGCAUCCUGCAGGCUGUCAACUUUCCGUUCCUUGUCAGACUUGAGUUUUCCUUCAAGGAUAACUCAAAUUUAUACAUGGUCAUGGAGUAUGUACCCGGCGGGGAAAUGUUCUCACAUCUGCGGCGGAUCGGAAGGUUCAGCGAGCCCCAUGCCCGCUUCUACGCCGCCCAGAUCGUCCUGACCUUCGAGUAUCUGCACUCGCUCGAUCUCAUCUACCGGGACCUGAAGCCAGAGAACCUUCUCAUCGACCAGCAGGGCUACAUUCAGGUGACAGACUUUGGUUUCGCCAAACGUGUGAAAGGCCGCACCUGGACCUUGUGCGGGACCCCCGAGUACCUGGCCCCUGAGAUCAUCCUGAGCAAAGGCUACAACAAGGCUGUGGACUGGUGGGCCCUGGGGGUUCUCAUCUACGAGAUGGCUGCUGGCUACCCCCCCUUCUUCGCUGAUCAGCCCAUUCAGAUCUACGAGAAGAUUGUUUCUGGGAAGGUGCGGUUCCCAUCCCACUUCAGCUCUGACCUGAAGGAUCUGCUGCGGAACCUCCUUCAGGUAGACCUCACCAAGCGCUAUGGGAACCUCAAGAAUGGGGUCAAUGACAUCAAGAACCACAAGUGGUUUGCCACGACUGACUGGAUUGCCAUCUACCAGAGGAAGGUGGAAGCUCCCUUCAUACCAAAGUUUAAAGGCCCUGGGGACACGAGUAAUUUUGAUGACUAUGAAGAGGAAGAGAUCCGAGUCUCCAUCAAUGAGAAGUGUGGCAAGGAGUUUUCUGAGUUUUAGGGGUGUGCCUGUGCCCCCAAGGGUUUUCUUUCUUUUUUUUGUGGGGAGGGUGGGUGGGAGGGUUGGAUUGAACAGCCAGAGGGCCCCAGAGUUCCUUACAUCUAAUUUCACCCCCACCCCACCCUCCAGGGUCGGGGAACAGGAAGCCCAGAUAUUCAGAGAGACGGGAAUACCAGCUGCUCUCCCUCAUCCCCUGCACCCUCCUGCCCUCCUUGAUGCUUUUGCCUUCUUCCACCCCAGCCCACUUCUGCUUGUUUUAAACGAGUAUCUCAGUUCUAGUCAGACCAGUGUAUCCAGGGAUAGGGUGUGGAAAGAGGGGCCCAAACUUAGCUCCAGCCCCUUCCCUCCCCACAUCCCCUCCCUCACCAGACCACCAGCAAACUUGCUAAGGGAGAAUAAAAGAAUGGCCAGCCUUCCCUUCAAAGCAAUCUUGCCUGGGAAGGAGAGAUUUUAGUGACAUGGGCAGUGGGCUACUUGCUAGAAUUUUUUAAACAAUUUACAAACUUAUUUAAGUUCCACCAGUGCCUCCCAUCCCCCCCUCUCCAAAUCCAUUUUAACGAGGCUGGGAAGCAGAUUGACUAGUAAAGGAAAGGGCUGGGGUUCCACCCUCUCCCCCAAGCUGCUAGUCCCCUCCUCCCCUGCCAAGCCUGGAAAGGUCUCAGCCCCUUUAGGAAGCCCCUAAAGCCCCUACCCCCUUCUGCCCCAACAGACCUUUCUUCACCCUUGGGCUUUGGGACCCGGACAAAGCAGCCGCCCCUCUCCCUGACAAAGAGGAGUUGUCCCCCCAAAAGAUAGAGGGGGAGCCCCAAGCCCAGGGUCUUUCCUCCCCACAGCACUCCCCCAAACUCCUAAAUUUUAUUCUUAGCUAGAUUUUAAUGCCCGGCCUCUUCUCAGCUCAGUUGGGAAGGCAACCCUGGCAAAAGGAGGCAGAGCCCCCCUGCCCCCUGUGGACCCCCGUUCAAGCCCAGGGUUGCUAGGGAGGGGCUCUGUUUUAUUCACCCAACAGCCCUGUCCCCCUCCCCCCAUCCUGGGCGCUCCUCUGCUUAGCUGUCAGCUGUCUAUCACCUCUUAGCCCAUUUGUGCUUUUUUUCUCUCUUAAUAGAAAAGUUGGGAGCCCCUAUUCAACCUCAAAUCUGCCCCUCUCAUAACUUCUCCCCAUCCCAGGAGGAGCUCUCAGGCUUGGGAUGGGGCCCCGGGUGGGCGCAGGGGUGAAUCAAUCUGUGUGCUGGGAAGGAUGAGACUUCCUCUUGAACAGUGUGCUGUUGUAAACAUAUUUGAAAACUAUUACCAAUAAAGUUUUGUUUAAAAAAAAGUG